UUUUAGUUUUAUUGUUUAAUUUUAUUUAUUUAUCUGUACCUUUUAAUCUUCAAUUCUGGGUAGAAGCCUUAGCCAAAAACAGUGUUUUAAAUUUUAAACCAUCAUUGCAAAAAAUUAUAAGCUAAAUUGUUAGACCUUUAUUCUAAAAACAAAAAGUGUACUUCCGGCGCCGAUCACUACAUUUCUUCACACUCUUCCCGCGCGCAGCUUCCUGCUUCAUCUCUCCGCAGCAUCUUCCGGCACAUCACACCUCUACAUUCAGUCUAUUAUAAGCGCUAACUGACCGCUGCCGUCCAGAAUUUUCUCCAUUGCACAUCGCCGGUUGUCAGGUCGUCUAUAAAGAUGAAGGGAGCGAAAUUGGCUGUGAUUUUAAGCGUGUUUUUGGGUUUUGUCCUCCUGACUGAGACAGCGCGAAGCAAGAGAGACUCCAGCAGCCAGAACAGCUUCAGGAGGGCGGCCAGCGGUUUCUACCAAACCCUCAGCAAUAUCUUCGGAGAGGAGAACAUCAGGGGGCUGUACAAGUUCUUCUCAAAAACUACAGAGAGGUUUGUUUAUGGAGUCGAUUCAUUAUUGGACACCUUGUGGAAACUGUGGGUGGAUCUGCUUGAUGUUAUGGGCAUUGACUCCUCUAACCUGACGCACUACUUCAGCCCAUCGUCCGUGUCCAGCUCUCCUGCUCGUGCUCUCCUCCUGGUGGCAGCCUUGCUGGUGGCUUACUGGUUCCUGUCCGUGUUCAUGAGCGGUUUCUUUUACAUCCUCCAAGUGAUGUUCGGCCGUUUCUUCUGGCUGGCCCGCGUGGCCCUUUUCGCCCUCUCGUGCCUGUAUAUUCUGCAGAAAUUCGAGGGUGACCCUGAGAAAGCGGUGCUGCCGCUGUGCUCCAUCAUGGCUGUGUACUUCAUGACGGGACCAGUGGGAGCAUACUGGCGGAAAGGGGGUGGACCUGGAACUCUGGAGGAGAAGAUCGACCACCUCGAUACCCAGAUCCGCCUUCUAAACAUCCGCUUGAGCAGAGUGAUUGAAAACCUAGAGAGCUCAAGUGACCAAUGAAAUGAUUUUUUUCGCCCCAGGCUGAGGGUGAGAGCUGGGUUUUGUGGGAUGGGAUGAGAAGAAAAUUUUUUUUUUGUUGUUGUGCUCCUUUUUUUCCUCGGGAUGUCCCAACAUUUUAGUGAGGCACGAAUUGUAUGUGACGUAUGGAAAUUUGAUAAAUUCCCCAGUUGAUAUGCUGAAAAAGAGUCUAUUAGAUUCCCCCUGUUGUCGUAGAAUUAUUAGUGUCCACUUCUACUGUAGCCACCCAUUUUUGAGUAAAUAUGGACUUUUUUGUAUACUGUGUGUCUGCAAGCCUUGAGUUGAGUGUGUUAGUCCAUUUCACACAGUGUUACGCCCUUUUCCAUAAGCUGUGUUAGGACACUUUCUAUAAGUGUGUUAUUUAUCAGUCAAAGGCAAUGCAAUUGAGUUGAUUCAGAAACACUCAAAGUGUGAAGAAUAGUCGGUAUCACUGCAUUUUUCAUCUCUACCAUGUGUCUUGAGGUCACCAGAGGUUACUCUGAGUUCAGGACCGGUCGCACACUAUCAGGGAUUGAGAUGUAUGUGGAAAUCGCUUUCAGAAAGCAGCUAGUCAUCAGAAGCGUGAGGAUAUGUGACCAGUGUUCCUGGCAGCAAAAUAACAGUGCUGCAAUGUACACCGCUAUCUCUGUCCAACUCCAGCUGGAAAAACCUGGUCAUGCAACUUUGCUCUCAGCAUGAGAUCAUUGUAUGUACCAUUUUAAUACACUUAUCGAAAGGGAUUAAUUAAAUAGCUUUUAGUACCACUGCGUAUUAGUGCUGCUUAGUAAAAUCUAGUAAACUUUUUAAGAAAGUGGCCUAUGGUUUCAUCCUCAGUGGCAUUUUGUCUUAUUAGAAAUGCCUCCUAACUAAUCUAGCCUGUGUCCCAUCUUCUCUGCUUGUUGUCAUUCACUCUUACUAUUUUUUUUUUUUCUUUUUGCAGCUUUAACAUUCAUUCCACUUUUUGGUUUUGAAUUCAUCAUGUUUUUGCAACCUGGGUAGCCAAAACUAAUUUGUAUGGUUUUUAAAAUAUAUUUCAGACAUUUACU